AUGGCGUCCAAUAUUCGCGGCAAUCCCACUCAUUUCUUGAAACGAUCCUUUUCGACGCCUUCGGUGGGUGGUGCAACCCCAUCAUCGUACUUGGAAUCACAAUCCUUGGCGCCACCGAUGGGUGAAAAGAAGAGGAAUAAGCUUGGUUAUCAUCGAACAUCAAUCGCCUGCGGUCAUUGCCGUCGACGUAAGAUACGCUGCAUUAUUUCCACGGAGGACCAGAAUCGGUGUGUCAAUUGCAUACGGCUCAAGAAAGAGUGCAGCUUUCACCCUGUGGACCAGCAGCAGCCAUACGAUCAAAAGCAGCAGCCACCCCAGACACCUGGGGGUUCCAAUACUGUGACGGCAUCUUCAUCGCCCGCUAUAUCUCGUGGCAGCUCUGUCGAUCAGGGACCGCAGCGACAACAUUAUUCUUCCAUACCUGUCGCGCCGUUGCCCAGCAUGGGCACUCCAACAAUCCAGACACCUCAAAGCGAAUUCUUUCCGCAAGACAUGGAAGCUUCGUCUAAUACCAUAUCGUCUGGACCAUCAUAUGCUAUAGGAGAUUCAUCUUCACCAGGAUGGAUGGCCACGGAUACAGAUAGCGACGCAAUGGCGAAACCUCGCGACCCGAACGCGAUUUGGCGACCGUCGUUUCAAGCAAACAUGGGCGGGCAACUUUCCCCAUAUGCUGAUCCAUCAGCUUCCUCGACCGCUUGGGCGGGCUCGAACUACGCGUCUGCCAACGAAAUGGGAUGGAAUAGUAGCAUGCCACCGCCUCCUCGCUCCAUGUCCUUCAGUGGAGAGAUGCUGGGAAGCCAUCACACACCGCAGUACUAUCCUGUGCCCCAGCAAAAUCAAAUCUACGAAAGGCAUUCUCAACAUUUUCCUCCCAUGUACAGCGGAGGAGUGCCUGUGGGUGAGGCGGAUGAAGGUAUAGAGCAGGCCAUUGACCCUGCAAUAAUGGGAAGUGCUGUCCCCUCAGCAGCACCAAUGGCUUGGCAACAACAAGCACAGCAACAGCCGCAACAGCUCAUACCACAGCAUCAACAGCACCAAAUAACAGAUACUCAAGCGGGUGUUUAUCGUACAUGGGGAGAGUACGGUGAAGGCGAUAGAUCACAACACAUGUAG